GAAGGUAGUUUGUCUGGCUUCAUGCCUAUUUUGCUGAAUUCGCUUAUGGUUCAGUAUAUAGUACAUUUUCAGUUAAUUAUUCUGAAACUCAAAAAAAAAAAAAAAAAAAUCAAAUGUUGGCAAUAUUUACGUUGUUCCAAGAUCACUUCUAUGACUCCAUUGCAUUUAUUUGUCAUGUCAGUGAGUUUACACACAUGCUGGGUUAAGUUUCACUAUGUCAUAUAGGCCCGCCCGGAUCAUCUGCUGCAAGCGAACUGGGCACAUUCCAUGAUGAACAGUUGGGACUGUCUCGCCUAUACACCUGGAUCUAGGCUGGCAGCAAGACUGACCUACGUGGCGAAAUGGAUGAAGCUGAAGAGCACCAUUAUUACCUGCUAUUCUUUGCGACAUGCCUGCUUGAGGAGACUUAACGUGUCUACCUUCGGCAAUCAUCCUUCUAACUUGUUAACACAGUACUUUCCCCAUUGAUACCACUAAAACACGGUUACAAGUUCAGGGCCAGCAUGGGGAGGCUCGUUAUAAAGACCUUAAAUACCGGGGCAUGAUACAUGCCUUCAGUAAAAUCACCCAAGAAGAAGGUGUAAGAGCUCUUUAUUCGGGGGUUAAAGUAGCUCUUUUGAGACAAGCAUCGUAUGGAACCAUCAAGUUUGGUUGCUAUCAUACAUUCAAGAGACUGUUGGUGCCAGAUCCUGCUAAUGAGACUGUACUGGGCAAUGUACUGUGUGGAGUGAGUGCUGGGGUGUUAGCGUCAUCUGUGGCGAACCCUACUGAUGUUGUUAAGAUACGUAUGCAAACUGCAAAUACGUCGUACCGUGGAAAUGCGAAUAGUGGUAUUGUGGUCUCUUUCAUGACGAUCUAUCAUGAGGAAGGAACUAGGGGCCUCUGGAGGGGUGUUAGUCCAACUGCACAACGUGCAGCAAUUAUUGCUGGAGUGCAGCUUCCUACGUAUGAUUGGAUGAAGAAAGAAAUUUUAGAACACCAGAUAAUGGGCGAUACUGUGGCAACCCAUUUUGUUUCCAGUGUUGUGGCUGGUUUAGCUGCUUGCAUUGCAUCAAAUCCUGUUGAUGUUGCCAAAACAAGAAUGAUGAACCAGAGACACUUGAAAGCGCACAUUGUUGAAGGAAGUCGUCAGAAUGUACUUUUAUACAAGAAUACUGUUGAUUGCCUCUUCAAGACUGCGUCUACAGAGGGAUUUCGAGCAUUAUACAAGGGGUUUAUACCCAGCUGGCUACGCAUGGGGCCUUGGAAUAUAAUUUUCUUUGUUACAUACGAACAACUGAAGAGGCUUAACCACGUGGUUUCAGGAAGUGGUGAAAAAUGGUGCUAAGAGAUAUUUUUAUAAUUCAUUUUUAUUUUCAAUAUUGAACAAAUUUUGAAAUGAUAAUCACAUUAUGAAAAAAUAUAAUAACGGAGUACAACAACUACUAAUACUUUGGUUAGCCAAGUUUGACAGCAGAUAAGUUUUUUCCAAGAUUUACUACAUUUACCAGGUCUCUUUUUCACACACAAGACAAAAAGGUGGAAAUAAAGGUUAUCCACAUGCUCUUGCAAGCCGAUUGGUGAUCAUGGUUUAAUACUAGAACAAUCUAAUGUGCUGAUUGUAGUUUGGUUUUUGUUGAACAUGCUGUCAAAGGAUUCACCAAGAGGCUGUUUCAUGUGCUUAACAGUGCAAUACCUCUGUUAGCAGAGAUGAAUCGACUUAAUACUUAACUUCAACUGAACUGAAUGAGUGUACAGAGAUUUAAAGAUGAAAGUUACUUUGUAAAAUAAAUUAUUUCACUUUAUAUUAAAUACAUAAGCACAGAUCUGCUUGAAUGCUAUUUAUUGUAUCCUAAAUUUUGUAUUUUAUAUUUCAAAGAAGUUAUUUUUUUUGUUAGUACAUUUUGUACUAUAUUGGAUGUGCAUGUUCAAUCCAAACAGGUGCACAUUCAAUACCGUGGCGUACUUUCUCAUCCCUGAACGAAAUUGUCUGGGAAGAAUUGUUUGUAUGCUGAAAACCUUCAAUGUGCAGAAGUUUUUGUAUUUUGUACAAGAUACUUUGAAAAGAAAUAUCUGGAUGGGGAUCCAGAUUGUAUGUUAGAAAUUACUGUGAAGGUAGAAGUAGUGCUGAUAAACACAGGGCUUGGAGAAGUAUCCAAGGUAACUGAAUUUACAAAAUUAUCUCUGUGAAUCAGUAACAAUUCAGAAUCUUCUCGGUUUCUUCAUUUGCAACAUUUUCAUGUUGGCAAAAUUUCAAACAAAAAUCGAGUGUUAUAUUGCUGUACAGCACAUUCAUAAGACACUUUAGUCAUUGUCUACCAUUUACAUGUAUGAUGUGUAAUGUACAGUAUUCAAUUUUUUGUAAUAAAAAUACUUUCU